UGCCGGAUUCCCCAGAAUUCCCGCCAACAGCACUUCCCGGGGAACUUACUGCUAAAUUUCCCGCCUCAAACAUUCCCCUUUAUACUCUUUCUCCGUACCCUUCUUUUUCUCUCUUUUCACCUUUCUUCUCUCUCACUUCUCUCUCUCUUCUCUCUCAUCAGUCAUCAUCUCUCUUUCUUUAUUUCUCUGAUGCACACACACUGAACGUCACAACAAUCCAUUUGCCAGAGAAACAGCAAUGGCAUCUUCUCGUCGCCUCAGCAAUGGCCGAUCCCCGCUCGUCAACCAGCAGCGCCAAAUCACCUCCUUCUUCUCCAAAUCCGCUUCUUCUUCUCCCAUUACCCCUACUCAAAACCCUACCAAGCUCGCUUCUUCCACUAAACCUAACACUAACCCUAAAUCCAAACCCAAACCCGCUCGCAGCCCUAGCCCUAGCCCUAGCACUCCUUCGCCUCCCCAAUCCAAGCUAAAAAAGCCGCUUUUGGUGAUCGGCGGCGCGUCUCCACUGUCUCUCUCGCCUCUGACUCCGGCGUCGGAGAAGUUCCACGGCGAGGAGGUCGUUGGGAAGAGGAUCAAGGUGUACUGGCCGUUGGAUAAGAGCUGGUACGAAGGAUUUGUGAGGUCUUUUGAUAAAGAUUCCGGUAAGCAUUUGGUCCAGUACGACGACGGCGAGGAAGAGUCGGUUGAGUUGGCGAAGGAGAAGAUCGAGUGGAUAGAAGAGACCGUGAGGAAAUUCAAGCGAUUGAGGCGCGGCGGCUCUUCCUUUAGCGUUGAGAAGAUGGUGAUUGAUGAUGAAGUGGAGAAUUUAGAGGAUGAGGAAGAGGAUAAUGGCGAUGAUUCUAGCGAUGAAGAUUGGGGGAAGAGUGAGGAGAAAGAGGGGAUUGAGGAUACUGAAGAAAAGGAGGUUGUGGAAUUGGACGAUGAGAAUGAAGAUAAUGAAACGGUGCCGUUGAAAGGAAAGCGCAGUGGUAAAGGAGAGACGAGGAAACGCAAGGUAGGUGGAGAAGGGAAGCUGGGAUCUGCUAAGAAGGCCAAGGGUGGUGAAGAUGUGAGUAAAGCUGGUUUCAAGGUUUCCCUUGUGGAACCUGCAAAUAAUAAUGUUGAGAGUGGGAAGGCCUCUAAUGCUAUUAAUACUGCUUUGCCUGGGGAUGCCUCGGAAAGGUUUAGCAUGCGUGAAGCUAAGAAGUUGCGCUUCCUUGGAGAGGAACGUAGAGAUUCAAAGAGGAGACGGCCUGGUGAUCCAGACUAUGAUCCAAGAACCCUGUACUUACCCCCGGAUUUCGUAAAGAGUUUAUCAGAUGGACAAAGACAAUGGUGGGACUUCAAGUCAAAGCACAUGGAUAAAGUAUUGUUUUUCAAGAUGGGAAAAUUCUAUGAACUUUUUGAAAUGGAUGCACAUACUGGGGCAAAAGAACUUGAUUUGCAAUAUAUGAAGGGAGAACAACCACACUGUGGAUUUCCAGAGAGGAACUUUUCGAUGAAUUUGGAGAAGCUGGCUAGAAAGGGGUAUCGAGUCCUUGUAGUAGAGCAGACAGAAACACCUGAACAGUUGGAGCUUCGUCGCAAAGAGAAAGGUUCCAAAGAUAAGGUCGUGAAGCGUGAAAUAUGUGCAGUGGUUACGAAAGGAACACUUACUGAGGGAGAGAUGCUAUCUGCCAACCCUGAUGCUUCUUACCUAAUGGCAGUGACUGAGAGCUGUCAAAACGUGGACAGGAUUUUUGGUGUAUGUGUGGUUGAUGUUGCUACCAGUAGGGUCAUUCUUGGACAGUUUAACGAUGAUUCAGAAUGCAGUGCUUUAUCUUGUCUCUUGUCUGAGCUGAGGCCAGUUGAAAUUGUUAAACCUGCUAAACAACUUAGUCUGGAAACUGAAAAAGUACUUCUGAGACAUACAAGGUCUCCACUAGUGAAUGAAUUAGUUCCAGUAUUGGAAUUCUGGGAUGCUGAGAAAACUGUUCGUGAAGUCAAAAGUAUUUAUGAAUGUGCAUCUGAUCAAUCAGUUUCAAAGUGUUCAAGUAGAGAAAAUAUUCAUUCAGUCAAUUCUUGUAUUGAAGACGAUGGAUUGGCUUUCCUUCCAGAUGUUUUAGCAGAUCUAGUAAGAGCGGGUGAGGAUAGCAGCUAUGCACUUUCAGCUCUUGGAGGCACUCUUUUCUAUCUGAAACAGGCUUUUCUGGACGAGACAUUGCUUAGAUUUGCAAAAUUUGAGUUGCUUCCAUCUUCUGGUUUUGGUGAUGUGAUAUCAAAGCCGUACUUGGUUCUUGAUUCUGCCGCACUAGAGAACCUUGAGAUUUUUGAGAACAGCAGAAAUGGAGACUUGACAGGGACACUAUAUGCACAACUGAACCACUGUGUGACUGCAUUUGGAAAACGGCUGCUCAAGACAUGGCUUGCAAGGCCUCCAUUUCAUGUGGAGUCAAUAAAAGAACGCCAGGAGGCUGUGGCAAGUUUACGGGGAACUAAUCUACCUUUUUCACUUGAAUAUCGAAAAGCAUUAUCCAGGUUGCCAGACAUGGAGCGACUGCUUGCAUGUGUCUUCUCUAUUAGUGAAGCUAAUGGAAGAAAUGCUAGUAAAGUGGUCUUAUAUGAGGACGCAGCCAAGAAACAGCUUCAGGAGUUUACUUCUGCUUUACACGGUUGUGAAUUAAUGGCCCAAGCAUGUUCUUCGCUUGGUGCCAUUUUGGAAAAUGUUGAUUGUCGACAACUUCGCCAUUUGCUAACACCAGGUUCAGGUUUUCCUGACAUUAAUCCAGUCCUAACUCAUUUUAAGGAUGCUUUUGAUUGGGUAGAAGCCAAUAGUUCAGGUCGUAUAAUACCUCGUGAAGGUGCUGAUUUUGAGUAUGAUUCUGCCUGUAAAAGGGUUAAGGAGAUUGAGACUAGCUUAACAAAAUACCUUAAAGAACAGCGAAAAUUACUGGGAGACACGUCGAUCACUUAUGUCACAGUCGGAAAGGAAACCUACCUGUUGGAAGUACCAGAAAGUCUGCGUGGUCAUGUACCUAGGGACUACGAGUUACGUUCAUCUAAAAGGGGAUUCUUCAGGUACUGGACGCCAAAUAUUAAGAAUCUGUUGGGAGAACUUUCCCAAGCUGAAAGUGAAAAGGAGUCCUCACUAAAGAACAUUCUGCAGAGGUUAAUUGGACAAUUUUGUGAACAUCACGUGAAGUGGAGACAAUUGGUUUCUAUUACUGCAGAGCUGGAUGUUUUGAUUAGCCUUGCUAUUGCAAGUGACUUUUAUGAAGGACCAACAUGCCAGCCAGUUAUUCUGAGCUCAUCAUGCACGGAUGAUGUGCCUAGUUUUGCUGCUAAAAGUUUGGGACAUCCUGUUCUUAGAAGCGAUUCCUUGGGGAAAGGUUCUUUUGUCCCCAAUGAUAUUACCAUCGGAGGUUCAGGCAAUCCCAGCUUUAUUCUUCUGACUGGUCCCAAUAUGGGUGGAAAGUCAACUUUUCUUCGACAAGUUUGCUUAACCGUAAUUUUGGCCCAGUUAGGAGCAGAUGUGCCCGCAGAAAGAUUUGAGCUCUCUCCUGUUGACAGAAUCUUUGUUCGGAUGGGUGCUAAAGAUCAUAUUAUGGCAGGGCAAAGUACUUUUCUAACAGAGCUGUCUGAAACUGCAGUGAUGCUGUCAUCUGCCACUCGUAGUUCAUUGGUUGCAUUGGAUGAACUUGGACGUGGGACGUCAACUUCCGAUGGACAAGCGAUUGCGGAAUCUGUCCUUGAACACUUUGUUCACAAGGUGCAAUGUCGAGGAAUGUUUUCCACACACUACCAUCGGUUAGCGGUCGAUUAUCAGAAAGAUCCCAAGGUCUUGCUCAGUCAUAUGGCAUGCCAAGUUGGAAGGGGUGUUGGUGGCAUAGAAGAAGUAACUUUUCUUUACAGAUUGACUGCUGGUGCUUGCCCUAAAAGCUAUGGCGUUAAUGUUGCCCGAUUAGCUGGUCUCUCGGACUCUGUACUCCAAAACGCCACAGCUAAGUCAAGGGAAUUUGAGGCUAUGUACGGCAAACACAAGAAGCCACCAGAAAAUGUAUACACUCAGAGUUCGAUUGAGAAGAUGGCAGUUUUGAUUAAAAAGUUGAAUAGUGUUGUUGCAAAUUCGAGGUGCGAGGAGUCUGCGGAGAGCAUUAGUUGCCUGAUUGAUCUCCAGAAAGAAGCAAGAAUACUUUGUGAAAUAAAUUCUACAUGAGGGCAGCAAGAACUUUAUGGCUUAUCAGUCUCGGAUGGUGAAAUUUUUGCUCUUUAACCAAGCAUAUCGAGUUUCCAUAUUGUUUCGGCAGCGAUAGUUUCCCACGGCUGUUAUUUGCUAAUUUCACAAAUAGGCGGUCGUUGUCUUAAUUCUUGAAGCAACAGGCUGAACGUUUAGCUAGGAAGUGGAAUGGCACUACUAGCUUUGUACAAGAGAUAUAUCGAGCGUAACCAUAGAAUAGUUUUCGUCUCACCUUUUGUGUGUUGAUAUGGUCCUACAUUUUGCUGCCACAGAAUUUUGUCUCAAUUAGUUGGGAGUAGUUCUUGCAGUCUAAUAGUGUAAACGGGUUUUUUCCACCUACAUGUAUUUUUGUUUUGGUA